AAUCAAUCGAAGUAUAAAAAAAACAUAAAAUGGUUUUAAUCUUUAUUAGUUACUAACAAACAUAAUUUGUUUAAAGUUUGAUAUUCGAUUUAUGAGCCAUUUUAUACUUAACUAUUAGGGUAACUAUUUAUACAGAAUAAAGUGUUUUGAAUUUAAGAAUCUAAAAAUUCGGAAACAGUUGGGUAGGGAUUGGAGUGAUGGCAGUAGAGUUGGGGGAAUGUUUGGAAAUGACGUGUUCCUGAUAAAAUAAGAAAGUAAAAAAUAUUUUAUAAUCGGAUUAUCCCGAUAUAUCUUUUACUUUAAAUUUAAUCUCCUUGUGUCUUGAUGUCGCUAUGAAAUCAUUUUAAAACUUCAGCCUAGAAAACAUCAUCAAAACUUACUUUUAAGCCAAGAAUAAUAUUACGUCUUUAUCUGGUAAGUAUUUCAAUAUUAAUGCUUAGGUUGUUGUUCUUAAAUUUAAUUUUUAACGACUUUAUUCUUCUAACUAUUAUAUAUUCCAUUUAACUUAACUAGAAUAAGAAAGUCCAUUGACAGAAUACCAGAAUAAGUGCCGGUAAAUAUUUUUUAGGGAUUGAUGGAACAAUGGGGUAUGUUUUUGGCUUAAAAUGAAAAGACAGGACAAUUAAAAUCAUCUUUCGGCUUCACGCUAUCGCUAUCUCUCAUGCCAUCAGAUAUUUUCUAUUUGUUCAGCUGUUGGAGUUUAAUAUUUUUGUACUUUUUGUAUGACACAACCAUCUAUUUAUUGACAAAGACAAAGAACAGCAAUUUCAGUUUAAUUAAGGAGGGUUGCAAAAUUUUUGCACAUCUACUCAUGUAUCAAAUGGAUUAAUGAAGUUGUUUUGUUUUGGUGUUGUUUUAUAUAUAUAUUUUUGUUCUUAAUAGUUUUGAAGCUUUAUAAUGUAACAUAAGGCCAUAAAGAUGCGAUUUGAAACCAGAGGUUAAUUUUUCUAAUAACAUUUUUAGAAAAAGAAAAUCCGUUUGUCUCAUCCCAGGUGUUCGUCAUUGCUUCCCCAGUAGUAGCCUACUUAUCACAACGCAAUGUCCGACAAAGUUCCAAUCCCGAGGAAGCAAGAGUCUGUGCCUUAUGUUCGUGUUCAAUUUCACUUGACGCCGAAUCCAAAUCUGAAUGCCGCUCAUGCCAUUGGAAUUCAUGAGGUAAGAACGAAGUUUUUGCUGUCACGGUCAGAUGACGUCAUGUCGUUCCGAUGUGUCAGGUCAUGAUUUUUGUGAUGUGUCAUGUCAUGAUGUUUGUGAUGUGUCGGGUCAUGAUGUUUGUGAUGUGUCAGGUAAUCAUGAUGUUUGUGAUGUGUCAGUUCAUGAUGUUUGUGAUGUGUCAUGUCAGGAUGUUUUUGAUGUGUCAUGUCAUGUUAUGAUGUUAGCGAUAUUAUUUUGCCGUUUAAUAUCCCCUUAAAUUACAAUUUUUAACUUAGCCACGUAUGAUGUAGUACACAUGACGUGUGACUUAGUACACGUGACCAUGGGGUCGUUUGAAAAUUAAGUCACUCAAAAAAUAGCGUUUUUCGACCCCCCCCCCCCCCCCCGUUACAAAGUGUCACAAAUUCUUUAUCCCCCCCCCUCCCGAAGUGCCACGUCACACCUAAAAAAAUCAAAACAUACAUAAAAUGUUCAUAACUAAACUAAGAUUUUAUUUUAUUCUUUAAAUUUUUCCCUUAAUGGAUUAAGAUGUAUUAUUAUUAGAAAACUGUGACGUAAAACAACGAAGUCCUCCCCGAGCCGAAUGUCAAAUGGCAUUUGUGCAUUAUAGCUUGGGACAUUUCUUGUGUGUUGGGAUUAUUAAUGAUGUGUCCCAUUAUGUUGUAAUUUACUCUUCUCGCCAUAUUUUAGUUAUAAGUUUAUGUGUCUGAGUGUGUAGUUCUCUUCCUCAUAUUUAAUCAGUUCUACUGUGAUGAAGUCUUCUCAAGAGGCUUUGGGGUUUUUCAUACAAUUGAUUAUUUCUUUAUUUUCUCUUUGGUUACUACGACACACUGUUAAUUUAUACAUACCACAUAUUAAUGCAGGCUGAUUGCGACACAGUGAUGGAUAUAAUUGCACUUAAGGAAGAUUUGCAAGACAACGUAAGCUAUUUAAUUAAGUCUCACAGAAAGUUACACAUAUAAAACAGUGAUUUUAGUAAAUUUAUUCUUAAGUGUUUACUUUCCAUACAUUAGUUUAUAGUUUUUUUUAUUCAUCUACAUACAAACAGUAAUGCAGCCUAAUGUGUGGCAUCUUAGUAACAUGGAGUCUUAUUUAACUUAAAUAUGCCUUGUAUCGUUCACUGCAGCUUGGUCCGGCGGAAAAUCAAGUUUGGAAACACGGCGACACACUGCUGGAGGACGAUAAGUCAUUGAAGACCUACGGACUGGAUAUCCCCGUUGAUAAACUUCACAUUGUUGUUCAUCGACUAGGAGCUUAGUGAUUGAUUAGAAAUAGAAGCUCCAUCUUUAUUAAACAUUCGGAUAUGCGUGCAGUGUGCUACUCUUUGGUUUUAUUAUAAUUUAGCUUCCCGGCUUGAAAGAAUCGAGUUGAAAUAAAUGUAUUUCUGACCAAACAUCUCGUUCCUUUAUAAUUAAAUAAGUUUUCACGUGUUCCAGAAAUAGUUAUUAUAAGUUUAAUAAAUUAUUAAUAUGUACAUAUACUUGUGGCCUUUUUUGUGUA